CAGCUGGCCGAGGAGGUUCACGCACCACUUCGUGUCGCUUUGUGUUGGAGACCCUCGCUGACCUACCGGCGCCAGCCCGCGCGCCCCGAGGUGCGGGCGGAAGCGGUGGCUCAGCCGAGGGCCGCCCCCAACACCUGCCCGGCUCACUGCCCCCUCCGGCCCCGCCCUCAUGGUCCGGCUCUUGACGGUCACCCUCGGUUGCAUCAGCUUCCUCUACCUGCAGCUCCCAGGCGCGCUGUCCCUCGGCCUGGCCCGGAGCCGGCCGCCCGCGCGACCCAGGGAGCCCCCAGCCCGGACUCCUUCCAGUGGCUUGCAGUCCCGGCACCCUGCAGCCUGGCCUGUGGUCUGGAAGCUGCACCAGGCCCUCCAGCCCCAGAGGAGUGCCAGCCUGGCCCCUGCUAUGGGUCAGCCUCUCCGGAAUGGCCCCCGCCGACACUUGGGUCCCCGCAGGCCCCGAGCCCAGCUCCUGCGUGUGGGCUGUGUGCUGGGCACCUGCCAGGUGCAGAACCUCAGCCACCGCCUGUGGCAGCUUAUCGGCUCAGCCGGCCCACACGACUCAGCCCCUGUGGACCCCAGCAGCCCGCACAGCUACGGCUGAGGCGCGGCAGGCCAUACCCCUGCCUGUCCCAGCUGGGAUGCCGCACCCUAAUCCCAGAGCUGCAGCUGAGCCCCCAGCCCAGAACUAGCCCCGAAGCUCCUGCAAAGAGCAGUCACUGGAACAGCAGUGCAGGCCCCUGAGGACACCCCCGCCCCACCCUACCCCCACCAGGUUCUGCAGCAGCCAACCUCGAAUGACUGUGGACACAGAAGCCAGUGCACGUGUGUGGACCCAGCAGAUCCUGAACACCCAGGGGCUCUGCCCCUGGGGAGUGUAACACUUGGAGGCGGUUGGUAGCAUUAGAGGACAGGGUCUGCCCAAGGACAUAGGGCAGAUGCCAGGGACCUGAACACCCUGGGCCACCUCUGGGCAAGCAGGAGAGAGGAGGGGCCCGGAGUUGGCCCAGCAUGGCCUCUUCCCUGCUGGUCCUGACCUGGUAGGAUUAAGGCUGGACUGCCCUGUUCCAGCUGGGCCCAAGGUCACGAUGGAGACUCCCUGCCUGGGUGCCCUGAGGGCAGCUGGGGAAAGGGUGCAGGGGUUCUGGGGCAGAGCAGGGCAGAACACCCUUCCCACUCCCUAGGGCAGGGUGGGAGUGGGGCGGGGCAAAUCUCCCAGCCCAAAUCUCUCAGUUAAGGCGGAAGCACCACCACCUCAAGGUGGGUAGGGAUGGCCGAACAGGGGUUGGGGCCCCGCGGGCCACAGGGGCUCCCUGAGCCCCAUCCUGCCCGGCGUGGGGACAACAGGAGGCUGGAGCAGGCUUGCCAGGAGCCUGGGGGAGGGGACUGGCCUCAAAUUAUCUGAAGAACAAGUCCACAGCCAGGGGGCGGAGUUCUUGGUGUGUGUGUCUGCCCCCACCCCCCACCCGCCAUGGGGGAGGGGGAGGGGCUUUAAGUGCUGUGACACCAGAGCCUUUUGCUAGUCCUGUAGUACUGGUGCCCUAUGCCUCACGGGUUCAGAAAUACGGUUUCCGUUAUUUAACAAAUGUUCAUACAGCACUUAAUUUGUCGAUGUUUGCCAUGUCACCCUCUCAGCCACCCUGUGAAGAGAGCAUGCCUUUAUCCCAGCUCUGCAGCCAGAGAUCAGGGAGGUGCCUGCGGUCCCUGCAGUGCCCACCCACAGAGCCCAUACCCUGGGUCGCUGGCAGGCC